AUGGCCUGCACCAAGACCAGAUUUAUGUCCACCAUAAUUUUCUUUAUUCUAAUUUUACACGAGAUGGGGAUCUCCAGUGGACGGCAGUUGAUCAAAGAGCAGAUGAUAGACUGCAAUGGGAAGUGUGGUUACCGGUGCAGCAAGGCAUCUCGGCAUAAGAUGUGCAUCAGGGCAUGCAAUUCGUGCUGCCAGAGGUGCAACUGCGUGCCUCCAGGAACCUACGGCAACUAUAAUGCUUGCCCUUGCUAUGCCAAUAUGACGACUCAUGGCGGUAGACACAAAUGUCCUUAAUUAAGUUAGAAUAAUGCUAAAAAUUAUAUUUUUAUUUCAUAAUUAUUCCACGAUAUUAACGUGUUAGUCUCAAUGAACCCGGAAAAAAAAUAAUAAUAAUUGAUUGAGACUGACACAUUGACAUUGUAGAAUAUAUAGUUGUGAAAUAA